UGCACAGAGAAAGAAGAGUGUUGUUAACGACCCACCAAAUUGGAAUCAUUGCAAAAAAAUGGCCAAGUGCGUGAAAGGAGGCUUGAAAAUUCAAGGCGAGGGAGGCAUUCUCUCCACUCUCAAACGCGUUAACCAAGUGGCUCUUCUGCAACCCGACAACAUGAGUUCCGCCCCGUCCAUCUUCUUUCUUAUUCCAACACGUAAUUACAUAUUUCAGCCGCCAAAAUAUAGCCGCUUAAAGCCUCCGGUGGCUGGAAUAUAUCCCACCGGGUAGUCGCGGGGCUUUUCCACGCCGUCACAACGAGGCGCUCUAAAACUGGCGCAAAGCGUCUGUCCGCACGCUAGCUAUCAUGUCAAAAAGAAAAAUGUUACCUCGCUCAUCCUACUUCUUUCUGUGACAUGCGUGCGCUCGUGGCUGACAAUGAGGCGCUCUAAAGUGUCUAUGCCAGCAGACUAUCCAAGGGGAAGUUUCUUUUUUGAGGUUUUGCCAUCGCUAGCUAGCUAACUCUAUGUCGCAACUGCGGCAGGAAACCGAUUGUGAAACUUCGUUCCGCUGAUGGUGGCUGCCAUUUUUGCCACGCACCAAAAAAAUCCGAAAAACUGAAAUGGUGAAAAUCAGUUGAACGCCACAUCCGCGAUUCAGAACGACGUCGUUUUCAGUCUUUGCAGCUCUUCCAGCAUGUAGAACAUAUUCAGAAACAGUCAGCCGGUGCCGCAAAACCUCGCGGAGCUGACCGAGCUGCCGCCUUUCCGGCCAGCCUGCUGCUACUUAGCCUGCUAGCGGCUCUAGCGUCACGCUUUGUCGGAUGGACUUCCUCCCCUUCGAUGUGCCGCGGUCGCCUUCUCCGGCGAUGCCUCCUUUUCAGCUUCCGGGUGAUCGGCGCAGCUCACCGGCGAGCUAGAGGCUAAACGCAAGCCGCCUUCUCCUUUUUAUUUUGUUUUUAAAACAUUUUAUGGAGAUCUACCAGACGAGAAUGAGAGACGGAGACGCGACAAUGCGCACCGAGUCAGAAUAGCGGCGGACGCGGCUGCAUUAGCGCUUGUCAGAAAAAAAUGACGAAGGACUUGAUGAAUCACAUGACGACGGCCGGAGUCCAGCUGGUGUCCACGACGACGCUCCCGGACCACGACUGCGGCGGCCUCGUGGAGAUGAAGUAUAUCACCGUUACUACACGUUGCAAGAAGUUACUGUGACGUCGACAGUGUUACAUAACGAAGUUACAAAUGAUUCUACAGCAACUCGAUGUGCGCAUCGUCGUCAUCGUCCUCACACGAGCCGACGAAGAUUCCCUCGCUCGAGUUUUCUGCUGCGCCUCCAGGCUGAAGAUGUUUGGCGCACGCCAUCGGUGGAUGGUGGCGGGAGCGGAGCCGACAUGGAGGUCCGGCGUUCGGGUUCCCGGCUGCGCGUCCCGUGACGUCACGGCGGCGGCGGACGGCGCCAUCUGGCUCCUGAGCACGCAUGUCGCCCACUCUGACACGCCGGGAGUUUCUGGACGGACUCGUCGAGACUUCGAGCGGGCCUACCUGCGGGAGGUCCGGCUCCGCCCGGGGCUCCGGGCCAGCCCCCUCGCCGCGUACGCCUACGACGCCGCGUGGGCGGCGGCCAUCGCCCUGAGCCGCCUGACGGAGGCGCUGGAGCGGCGCCGUAAAUUCCACAGAAACGCCGACGUCGGCGAGGAGGAAGCGACCGGCGCCCUGAGGGACGCCGUGGCCCGCACGCACUUCCAAGGCGUCACGGGGCCCGUUUCCUUCCGACGUGGCCGACGACGCUCCUCCGUCCACGUCUUCCAGACUCAAGGUUCCGCCGGCGUGACGGUGGGCGAGUUGGACACGACGACCGAUCAGCUGCGACUCUCCGAGCGUCUGCUGAAGUUCAAAGGUCCGUCUUCGGUGCCCGACGGCGGCAUCCGAGAGCGGCGCCGCGUCGGCGGCCUCGUCUACGGCGUCCUGUCUGCGGUCGCCACGGUAACGGCCGCCGUCUCGCUGGGCGUCCUCUGCGGCGCGGCCGCGAAGCGGCGUCGCCUCGGCGACGGCUCGGCCGCCUCGACGACGGCGUCCCGGGACGCGCCGAUGACGACGACGAUGGCCGUCUUCCUCUCCGCCUCGUCCGUCGUGGCCGCCGGCCCCGAUGGCGACGACUUCCUGGCCCGAGAGACGGCGGACGCGCUCUGCUCGCUGCGUGCGUGUCUGCUGUGCGCGUCUCACACUCUGGCGUCGGCGUCGCUCUUGGCCCAGACGUGGCGUCGUGCGUCCGGCGGCGGCGAGGUCCCGUCUGCCUUCAGCCUGGCGAUCCUCAUGACCUCGGUAGACGCGCUCCUUUUGUGCGCCUGGCAGACGCCGGACGUUCUCGGGCGGGCGGCGACGCGACACGUCAGUCCCCCCGGAAAGGCGGCGGCGGCGGCGGCGGGGCUUCUCGGCUCGCCCGGCGUCUGUCGAGCGCCUCAAACCGUCGAAACCUCUUUUUCAGAGCGAGUCGGCCCAACCGGACGCCAUCGCGUGGACGACGUCCAAACUGCUGCGGCGGCAACAACGGGGACGCCUGGACCGCCGCCCUAUGCGCAUACAAAGCGCCUCUCGUGGUUGUCGGCUGUUUGCUGUCGUGGUUGCUGCCUGACGGAAGUCGCGGCACGUGCGUGUGCCCGGCGUGUGCGUUGUGGGCGAGCGUGUCGGUGGCUUCGGCGCCUCCUCUGCUGUCACGCAACCCUUCGCUUGACUUCUGUGUCGUCGGCGUUUUGGUACUCGCCUGUGACAUCAUCGUCCUCGCCGUCGCCUUCCUACGCAACCCGGUCGACUCGGGCGCCGACAGCCGACCGGCUACGGGGGGCGGGGCGCGUGAGAAACACAAUCGGCUGCUGAAACUUCAAAGCGCUGAGUUGGACACACAAAUACACACGCUAACCACACAGCUCUGUGUCGCGCGGGAGGCGGAGCUUGUCCAGCACCAGACAGGAAGUAGCGACACG